GGAGAGGAGAGGAGAGGAGAGGAGAGGAGAGGAGAGGAGAGGAGAGGAGAGGAGAGGAGAGGAGAGGAGAGGAGAGGAGAGGAGAGGAGAGGAGAGGAGAGGAGAGGAGAGGAGAGGAGAGGAGAGGAGAGGAGAGGAGAGGAGAGGAGAGGAGAGGAGAGGAGAGGAGAGGAGAGGAGAGGAGAGGAGAGGAGAGGAGAGGAGAGGAGAGGAGAGGAGAGGAGAGGAGAGGAGAGGAGAGGAGAGGAGAGGAGAGGAGAGGAGAGGAGAGGAGAGGAGAGGAGAGGAGAGGAGAGGAGAGGAGAGGAGAGGAGAGGAGAGGAGAGGAGAGGAGAGGAGAGGAGAGGAGAGGAGAGGAGAGGAGAGGAGAGGAGAGGAGAGGAGAGGAGAGGAGAGGAGAGGAGAGGAGAGGAGAGGAGAGGAGAGGAAGGGAAGGAAAAGACAGAAGAAAGAAAUGAAAAAGAAAAGAGAAGAAAAGAGAAGAAAAGAGAAGAAAAGAGAAGAAAAGAGAAAAGAGAGAAAAGAGAGAAGAGAAAAGAGAGAAAAGAGAGAGGAGAGGAGAGAAAAGAGGAGAGGAGAGAGGAGAGGAGAGGAGAGGAGAGGAGAGGAGAGGAGAGGAGAGGAGAGGAGAGGAGAGGAGAGGAGAGGAGAGGAGAGGAGAGGAGAGGAGAGGAGAGGAGAGGAGAGGAGAGGAGAGGAGAGGAGAGGAGAGGAGAGGAGAGGAGAGGAGAGGAGAGGAGAGGAGAGGAGAGGAGAGGAGAGGAGAGGAGAGGAGAGGAGAGGAGAGGAGAGGAGAGGAGAGGAGAGGAGAGGAGAGGAGAGGAGAGGAGAGGAGAGGAGAGGAGGAGAAAAAAGAAAAGAAAAGAAGAGAAAAAAGAAAAGAAAAGAAGAGAAAAAAGAAAAGAAAAGAAGAGAAAAGAAGAGAAAAGAAGAGAAAAGAAGAGAAAAGAAGAGAAAAGAAAAGAAAAGAAAAGAAAAGAAAAGAAAAGAAAAGAAAAGAAAAGAAAAGAAAAGAAAAGAAAAGAAAAGAAAAGAAAAGAAAAGAAAAGAAAAGAAAAGAAAAGAAAAGAAAAGAAAAGAAAAGAAAAGAAAAAAGAAAAGAGUAUGUUUUAUAAUUAAAAUCUACAGAAAAUGGCUGGGUGUCAAUUUACAGAGCUGUUGAGACAUAAAACUCCUAUUUCAUCUGAUAGAAUAUACAAAAUAAGAGCACACAGUCUCAAACUGCACCAAGGCAGGUUUAGGGUGGACAUUAGGAAGAAGUUAUUGAGUGCUGUGUCCAGUUUAGGGCCCCUCAAUGGAAGAAAGAUGUUGAGGUUUUGGAACAUGCCUGGUGAAGGGCACCAAAGCUGGUGAGGGGGCUGGAGCACAGCCCGGUGAGGAAAGGCUGAGAGAGCUGGGGGUGUGCAAGAUGGUGAACAGGAGGCUCAGGGCAGACCUCAUUGCUGUCUACAGCUUCCUGAAGGGAGAUGGUAGCCAGGUGGGGUUGGGCUAUGCUCCCAGACACAGAGCAAGAGGACACAGCCUCAAGCUGUGCUUGAGGACACCUGCCUCAAGCAGGUUCCGUCUGGAGGUUAGGAAGAAGUUCUUUGCAGCAAGAGUAAUUGUCAUUGGGAUGGGCUUCCUGGGAAGGUGUUGGAGUCCCCAUCCCUGAGGAUGUGUAAGAGAAGGCUGCAUGAGACACUCAGGUGUCAUGAGUUAGUGAAUUGGAAGGUGUUAGGUGGCAGAUUAGACUCAACGAUCUUGAAGGUCUUUUCCAAGCUGGAUAAUUCUGUUAUUCUGUGAAAAGCUUGGGCAUCUCAGAUAGGAGCAAGAUGAGCUGGUAGAGACCAGUCCUGGCAAGCUCAGAAGUCUCAGAGCAUGGUUGUUAAUCAUCACUUGAAGGACCAAAAUACUUUUGGGGUUGUUGGUAGUUUGGUUUUCCUUUGUCCAGCUCCAGACUUUGUUGUAUACACCCUUGAUAAGUUGUAUGGACUCUAUCACAGAUUGUUCAGGGUUAUUCAGAUCUAAUCUGUAUGUGAGAAGCAACUCUUAAGUACCUUCAAGGAUCCCAGCUUUUUGCCACUGAGAACUGUGAAAACAGAUAACAAUUCUUCUGAUAUCAUGGACUAACAACUGAGAAAGUUAUGAGGCACUCAAAUUCUGCAGGAAUGGAGAACAUACCCAGGGAAGUGGUGGAGUCCCCAUGCCUGGAGGUGUUUCAAAGGAGCCUGGGUGAGGCUCUUAGUGCCAUGGGUUAGAAUUAGAAGCUCUUAGGUGAUAGGUUGGACCCAAGGAUCUUGAAGGUCUUUUCCAACCUGCUUAAUUCUGUGAUUCUGUGAUACGACUGCCUGUGGAUGACUAGAGGAGUGCCCAGAGGAAGCAAGACUCCCAAUGUUUCCUGCUCAGCUCAGCUUUUUUUAUCAGCUCUGCUGUAUUUCCCAGCACCUGCUCAUGUGUUAUGUUUUAAAUCCACAAGCAGAGGUGUGAUCUGGCAGCGAUAUGUGUUUUACACGUGCACAGGCAGCUCCCAACAAACAAUCCAGGGGGUAAUCUCCAGGUUUUUUUUUUUCCUCACCUUACUUGACACCUUUUCCCAGUAUGACCCUGCUCCUGUGUCUCCUCGUAAGUUAUCUGUGGGGAGGGUGACAUCUGCUUUUGAGUAUUAUGUUUUAGGAGGUGUGCAGAAUCACAGAGUGUCAAGGGCUGUGAGAGACCUGGAAAGC